UGAAUGUAUCUCCAUACACGUCGGACAAGCUGGCGUCCAGAUAGGAAAUUCCUGCUGGGAGCUAUACUGCCUGGAGCACGGCAUACAGCCAGACGGGACCAUGCCCCUGGACUGCAGUCCGGGACAGAUGAAGGAUUCGUUCAACACGUUCUUUAGUGAGACGGACAGCGGAAAGCACGUACCGCGCGCCGUGUUCGUGGAUCUAGAACCCACCGUCAUCGAUGAGAUCUCACAUGGACCCUACAGACAGCUGUUCCACCCGGAGCAGCUAAUCACAGGCAAGGAGGAUGCAGCCAACAACUACGCGCGCGGACACUACACCAUCGGCAAGGAGAUCAUCGACCUCGUCCUCGACCGCGUGCGCAAGCUCGCCGACCAAUGCACCGGCCUGCAGGGAUUCCUCAUCUUUCACAGCUUCGGAGGGGGAACCGGAUCCGGCUUCACUUCUCUUCUCAUGGAACGUCUCUCCGUCGACUACGGAAAAAAGUCCAAGCUGGAGUUCGCCGUCUAUCCGGCGCCAGAGGUGUCAACGGCUGUGGUGGAGCCAUACAACUCCGUUCUGUGCACGCACACGACGCUGGAACACUCCGAUUGUGCCUUCAUGGUAGACAACGAGGCCAUAUACGAUAUCUGCAAACGCAACCUGAACAUCACGCGUCCGAUCUUUACAAACUUGAACCGUCUCAUCGGCCAGAUCGUAUCCUCCAUCACCGCCUCUCUGCGCUUUGAUGGUGCCCUCAAUGUCGAUCUUACCGAGUUUCAGACCAACCUGGUGCCCUAUCCUCGCAUCCACUUCCCGCUGGCAACCUACGCUCCAAUUAUCUCUGCCGAGAAGGCUUACCAUGAGCAGCUGUCUGUCUCUGAUAUCACAAACGCGUGCUUCGAGCCUAACAACCAGAUGGUGAAGUGCGACCCGCGCCACGGCAAGUAUAUGGCCUGCUGCCUGCUCUAUCGCGGCGACGUCGUCCCCAAGGAUGUCCAGGCAGCCAUCGCAGCCAUCAAGACGAAACGCUCGAUCCAAUUCGUAGACUGGUGUCCGACCGGAUUUAAGGUUGGUCUCAACUAUCAACCACCCACCGUUGUCCCGGGCGGUGACCUCGCUAAAGUACCCCGUGCGGUCUGCAUGUUAAGUAACACCACUGCAAUAGCCGAAGCGUGGGCGCGUCUUAACCACAAGUUUGACUUGAUGUACGCGAAGCGUGCCUUCGUGCACUGGUACGUCGGAGAGGGCAUGGAGGAGGGAGAGUUCUCCGAGGCGAGAGAGGAUCUGGCGGCACUGGAGAAGGACUACGAGGAGGUGGGAACCGAUUCUUAUGAGGAGGAGGAGGAAGACGAAGCAGAAGAAUAUUAGAUUGAUUAAAUAUCUCGCUAACCAUUUCUUGAUUAAAUAUCUCGCUAACCAUUUCUUAAUUAAAUAUCUCGCUAACCAUUCCUUGAUCAAAUAUCUCGCUAACCAUACCUUGAUUAAAUAUCUUGGCAUACGCGGGAUAUUCGUACACGUACACGCCAGCGAGCUUUGACUUCCCAGCCUGUCGUCGCAUUUGGCCCUCAAAUCUUUGUUUGGUCGGAUUGCUAGCAUGUAAAACGUCGAAAAAUGUCAAAUGUAACAUUUUGAAAUGGGAAAACGUCUGGAAGUUCGCAAUCAUUUGCUUUUGCGUUGUAAAAUAAACAUAAUUGAGCAAAUUAGCCGGUAUUUUAACGGAAUUAUAAUUAAUUAUUAGAAUUAAGAUUAAUUGAUUAAUCUUAGCCUAAUUAUAACGUAGCCUAAUUUCACUCGUCACAUAUUCCUAUGCUGCAAAAAUGCCUUUGUGAUAUUUUGCUAUCUGGCGACUGAUUGCAAGCGAGACACUUCUCUCAUUGUGCCCGUUUUUAUUUCGGUGGACGCGUUUAUCGUAUGUGAAUAAACUUCGGCGAAUCGCGUUUAUCCGAAUCGCAUAUGUUAGUUAGUUCUGCCUGUUACAUGGAUGUAAGCGAAUUCAAUAAACUGAACACGUGAAGUGACUGAAAUAAACUGA